GCGCAGCGGGGGCGGCGUCCGGGGCAAGUCUCCCCAAUGUAAGAUGGUGGCCGGGCUGGCAGUGGAGCGCCCCGAGCUCGGAGAUCGCCUGUCCCUCGCGUAAAGGUCGUCGGAGCAGCCGCCCGAGCGCCCGACCGGCUGCCGCCACACGUCUCGCCCCAGGAGCGCCGGUGCGGGUUUCUCCCCUCCGCUUCUCUCCUUCCUCGCCGCCUCUCUCCUUCCCUCCCCACCCUUCUCCUCCUUUUCCCCUCGCCUCCUUUCCCGCACGCUCACUCACCCACCCGCCCGGCCGCCCCCGCCGCGCUGGGCAGCCUGAGAGGGAGAGCCGCGCACACGCACCGCGGGCUGGGCAGGCAGGAGGAAGGCGGACCUUCAAGUGCUGACCUUCUUGGUCUAUUAAGUUAUUAUAAACUUUUGCUGCUCUGCGAACAUAUAAAGAUGUCUCGCAGCCCUGAUGCUAAGGAAGACCCUGUGGAAUGCCCUCUUUGCAUGGAGCCUCUGGAAAUUGAUGACAUCAAUUUCUUCCCUUGCACCUGUGGGUACCAAAUCUGCCGUUUCUGUUGGCAUCGUAUUCGCACUGAUGAGAAUGGACUUUGUCCUGCUUGCAGAAAGCCAUAUCCAGAAGAUCCAGCAGUGUACAAACCACUCUCCCAGGAAGAGCUGCAGAGGAUAAAAAACGAAAAGAAACAGAAACAAAAUGAGAGGAAACAGAAGAUAUCAGAGAAUCGCAAACAUUUGGCCAGUGUACGGGUUGUACAGAAGAACCUUGUCUUCGUGGUAGGGCUAUCUCAGCGCCUAGCAGAUCCAGAGGUUUUAAAACGACCAGAAUAUUUUGGGAAGUUUGGUAAAAUACAUAAAGUUGUCAUUAAUAACAGCACAUCAUAUGCAGGCUCACAGGGUCCAAGUGCCAGUGCAUAUGUUACCUACAUCCGGUCAGAAGAUGCCCUCAGAGCCAUACAGUGUGUCAAUAAUGUGGUGGUAGACGGCAGAACACUUAAGGCAUCAUUAGGUACAACGAAAUAUUGCAGUUAUUUUCUAAAAAAUAUGCAGUGUCCCAAACCAGACUGCAUGUAUCUACAUGAGCUAGGUGAUGAGGCAGCCAGUUUCACAAAAGAAGAAAUGCAGGCGGGUAAGCACCAGGAAUAUGAACAGAAACUACUGCAAGAAUUAUACAAACUAAACCCCAACUUUCUCCAAUUAUCUACGGGUACAGUUGACAAGAACAAGAACAAAGUGACAGCACUGCAGAGACCCAACAGUAAUAACAAAGAUGCCUGGCCAUCAUUACAGAGUUCAAGUAAAUCGGCCAACGGUUUAACAAUGGAACACAGGAAAACGCCUCCUAUAUUAGAAAAUGGCACAGACCCAGAACACAUGACUCCAGAUGGUGCAGACUCAGAUUUCGGCCCUAUCGAUAAACCUUCAGAUUCCCUCAGUAUAGGAAAUGGUGACAGCUCUCAGCAGAUAACAAACAGUGACACACCUUCACCACCACCUGGUUUAACAAAACCCAAUCCAGUUAUACCCAUCAGUUCAUCUAAUCACAGUGCACGGUCUCCUUUUGAAGGGGCUGUAACAGAAUCACAGUCACUCUUCUCUGACAACUUCCGGCACCCAAACCCUAUCCCUAGUGGGCUUCCUCCAUUCCCCAGCUCUCCACAGACUUCGAGUGACUGGCCCACAGCACCAGAACCACAGAGCCUCUUCACAUCAGAAACUAUACCAGUAUCCUCCUCCACAGACUGGCAAGCAGCUUUUGGGUUUGGUUCCUCCAAACAGCAAGAGGACGACUUAGGGUUUGAUCCCUUUGACAUCACCCGCAAAGCCUUAGCAGACCUGAUUGAGAAGGAACUGUCAGUCCAAGACCAACCUUCCCUUUCGCCCACAUCUCUUCAGAACCCUACCCCACACACUACAACUGCCAAAGGGCCAGGUUCUGGAUUCCUGCAUCCUGCUGCACCCGCAAAUGCCAACUCUCUCAGUAGCACCUUUCCAGUCAUGCCACAGAGGUUUCCACAGUUUCAACAGCAUCGAGCAGUUUACAACUCCUUCAGUUUUCCAGGCCAAGCAGCUCGCUAUCCUUGGAUGGCCUUCCCACGCAAUAGCAUCAUGCACUUGAACCACACAGCAAAUCCCACCUCAAAUAGUAAUUUCUUGGACUUGAAUCUCCCACCACAACACAGCACAGGUCUGGGAGGGAUCCCUAUAUCAGACAACAGCAGUUCUGUAGAGAGUUUAAAUAUGAAGGAAUGGCAGGACGGGCUAAGGGCACUUCUACCGAACAUUAACAUCAACUUUGGUGGACUGCCCAAUGCUUCUUCCCCCUCCAACGCCAACCACAGUGUACCAACGUCCAACACUGCCACCACCGACAGCCUGAAUUGGGACAGCCCUGGCAGCUGGAUGGACCCCGCAAUCAUCACAGGUAUCCCAGCCUCCACAGGAAACAGUUUAGACACUCUUCAAGAUGACAAUCCUCCACAUUGGCUAAAAUCUCUUCAGGCCCUCACAGAGGUGGACGGCCCCAGUGCAGCGCCAUCACAGACGCACCACAGUAACCCCUUCGGCACACAGAUCCCUCUGCACAGAGCCAGUUGGAAUCCCUACUCUCCUCCUUCAAACCCCACCAGCUUCCAUUCCCCGCCUCCAGGCUUUCAGACAGCCUUCAGACCCCCCAGUAAAACCCCCACAGAUCUACUACAGAGCUCAGCGCUGGAUCGUCAUUAGGAAAGGAAGAAAAAGGAAAAAAGAAAAAUAAGACCCAAAACGUUAGAAAUGCAGGAAGUGUCCCACCCUGACUCCUCCCCACGCCCACCUACUGUUCCCUGUCAUAUCUUUCUUUCUGAAGAAUCCAGUUCCUGAUCAAACUUCCCCCCCAAAUGCAAUGCCAUCACAGGGUCAUGACCAUUCUUUUUGUUAAGUUUCUGCAGAAACAGUGUUUGAAAUACACUGUUUGAAAUACUUUCUAACCAUUCUAAG